AUGGAAAUUUCAACUCGUUCGUUUUUGGAGUGGUUGUUCAUUAGGAAGUACUGUAUCAUAUAUAUGAGUUACAAAGAUGUUGAAGCUUCGUCACUCAAAAUACAAUACCUCUUUCAUAUGAUCGUUGCUGAACUUAUAUCAGAAACGUCCGACACGAAGAGAGCUUCGUUCACCCACAGCACAAUCACAGUAGAUAUGCAAGAAGAGGAAAUGUUCGAAGCCUGA